AUGCAAGUACAGAAGAGGCAGAAUUUGUAUCACCUUAAAGGAAAAUCACUUCUGGAACUAAUAUUGGAGCAGUUUGAAGAUCUCCUAGUACGCAUCCUUCUCUUGGCUGCUUUUGUUUCCUUUAUUCUGGCCUGGUUUGAGAAAGGAGAAGAAACCACCACAGCCUUUGUGGAGCCUGUUGUGAUUAUUAUGAUCCUCAUAGCUAAUGCCGUGGUAGGAGUCUGGCAGGAGAGGAAUGCUGAGAGUGCAAUUGAGGCCCUAAAAGAAUAUGAACCAGAAAUGGGGAAGGUGAUCAGAGCAGACAGGAAUGGAGUGCAGCGGAUCCGAGCCCGAGACAUUGUCCCAGGCGAUAUUGUGGAGGUAGCAGUUGGUGACAAAGCGCCUGCUGACAUCCGAAUCAUUGAGAUCAAGUCCACAACACUGAGGGUAGAUCAAUCAAUUCUUACAG